GCGUGCCCGUGGGUUGUCCAGCGUGUCUACAUUGAGGGGUUACAACAAGGAAGAGAAAUGCCGACAAAAAUCAUCUUUGAGACUGAAGAUCAAGCCAUGGAUGACGGCGUGGACACGGCCGCGGAGGCUAAACCCCUUAAGACCAAAGAGGGGAAGAAGCUAAAAAUCAAGAAGUUGGAGGAGCAGGAGGACCCAGACUGUGAACCUCCGGCACCAAAGAAAAAAAAGAAAAGAGACAAGCUGGCGGUGGACCUAGUGAACGACCACAUAGACUUGAAUGGCAGCAGUAACGAUGUUGACACACCAGAGAUGAUUGAGAAGAUGGCUGGAGAGAAAAAAAUAAAGAAGCAAAAGAAAGCAAUGGCAGCGGCUGAAGCCAACGGACAUUCCAUCCCAAACACCCCCGUCCAGACGCCGGCCCAGACACCGGCCCAGACACCGGCCCAGUCAAGUGCCGACUCUGACAGCGAAAAAGAAACGGAAACAACAGAGCAGAAGGAAGGCGCCUUCUCCAACUUCAGGAUCUCCCAAUUCACCAUUGAUAAACUAAAAGCUCGCGGAGCCAAAUUCCUGUUUGACAUUCAGAUCAAGACAUUCAAUUCUGUAUUUGAUGGCGAGGACGUCAUUGCCCAAGCCCGAACAGGAACAGGAAAGACUUUCUCAUUUGCCAUCCCCUUGGUGGAGAAGCUCCAGUUGGACGCAGGGCCGAUGACCAGAGGCCGGGCUCCCAAGGUGUUGGUGUUGACUCCCACCAGAGAGUUGGCUAUCCAGGUUGCAAAGGACUUCAAAGACAUCACCCGGAAGCUGGCUAUCACCUGCUUCUAUGGAGGCAGCUCAUACAACCCACAGCUUGAUGCUAUCCGUAAUGGUAUCGAUAUUUUGGUCGGCACCCCUGGUCGCAUCAAAGACCACCUCCAGAACAAUAAACUUGACCUCUCUAAACUGAAACAUGUUGUUCUGGAUGAAGUAGACCAGAUGUUGGACAUGGGAUUUUCAGAACAGGUUGAAGAGAUUUUGUCUUCAUCAUAUGUGAAAGACUCUGAAUCCAACCCACAGACUCUUCUGUUUUCGGCCACCUGCCCUCCCUGGGUUUACGAGGUUGCAAGAAAAUACAUGAGACCAAAGUGCAAACAUGUAGAUCUGAUCGGCAAGAAAACACAGAAAACUGCAACAACUGUAGAACAUAUGGCCGUAACGUGCCACUGGUCACAUCGUGCAGCUGUCAUCGGGGAUGUGAUCCAGGUUUACAGCGGCAGCAACGGCAAGACAAUCGUGUUCUGUGAGACAAAGAAAGACGUCAACGAACUUUCCAUGAAUUCCUCCAUCAAACAGGGUUGCCAGGUUCUCCAUGGCGAUAUUCCUCAGAAACAGAGAGAGAUGACGCUGAAGGGCUUCAGGAACGGUGCGUUUGAGGUUCUGGUUGCCACCAACGUCGCAGCCCGUGGAUUGGACAUCCCUGAAGUGGACCUGGUGAUACAGUGUGCUCCACCCAAGGAUGUGGAGUCGUACAUUCAUCGUUCAGGACGUACGGGCCGAGCCGGCAGACCUGGAGUCUGCAUCUGUUUCUACCAGAGGAAAGAGGAGGACCUGCUGCGGCACGUCGAAUACAAAGCCGGUAUCACAUUCAAACGAGUUGGCGUUCCCACUGCCAGCGAUAUCAUCAAGUCCUCAAGCAAGGAUGCCGUCAGGUUUCUGGACUCUGUUCCAGCUACAGCCAUCGGCCACUUCAGAGCGUCGGCUGAGAAGCUGAUUGAGGAGAGAGGAGCGGUCGACGCGCUCGCUGCCGCCCUGGCUCACAUUUCUGGAGCCACACAUCUUGAGCAGAGGUCACUGCUCAACUGUGAUGCUGGUUUCACCACUGUGCAGAUGGUGUGUUCUCAGGAGAUGCAUAAUCUGGGUUACGCCUGGAAAUCUAUCAAAGAGCAGCUUGGAGAAGAGUUUGAGAGCCACAUUCACAGAAUGAGCUUCCUCAAAGGCAAAAUGGGCGUUUGUUUUGAUGUCCCGUCUGACAAAGUCACGCAGGUUCAGGAUGGCUGGAAGGACGGUCGCCGGUGGCAACUGACUGUGGCCACAGAGCUCCCAGAGCUGGAGCAGAAGCCGUUCAGUGACCGAGGUGGCGGAGGAGGAGGCGGAGGAGGAGGCGGCUUCAGGGGUGGACGAGGGCGUGGUUUUGGGGGAGGUGGCGGCGGCCGUGGUAACGGGUUUCGGAGCGGUGGCCGCGGCGGUACCAUUAGCACCGCCAAAGGAACACACAAACGUGACUUCAGUGACGCUUUUAAUUAUUGAAGCGCCAACCUGCAGGACUGAUAAGACCAUCUCAUCUGGGCUGGCAGAGGUUGCUGCACUCAAUGGAUUUCAUUUCCAUCAUGGGCUUUCAGAUAUUCUGAAGCUUCAUAUAGAACACAUUAAAUGACCAAUAUCCCCUCUUUCAAAUUAUGGUGAAAAUUCCAUCAUAUCUUAUGAAUUCGAUUGGCAUCUCCUGCUGGUUUAAGAUCAUACUUUCUGUGUGCAGUUCAAAACAAGUACACUGGCAGCCGUUUUGUUAGGAUGGUGUCCGUGUGCUUUCUUGUGCUGACAAAUGAGUCGAAACUCAUGAAAGAAAAUGUGAGCAUAAUUCAGUUGCUAUUUUUUUUUUUUAAUGGCACAUGUUCAAAACCAUUGGGUAAAAGUGUAGCGUUAAAUGAUGACUUUUGAAAGUUUCAUUCAUUGAGCUGUAGGUAAGGUGUUCCUCCUCUGUCUGUACUGGGUGUUUGGGGAACCGUGGCCGUAAUCAGACUUGAGCCUACUCCAAAAUCGAAGGUGCCUCAUCCUGACCUAACAACAUGGAACAUGCCACUGGUUGAAUGAAUACACUAGAUAGCUGUAGCACAAUGAAGCUGCACUGCAGACGAUGUGUUUCUGCUCUGCACCCACAGAGAACAGUGGGGAAGUCGACGUUAACCUCCAACGGUGUCGGCUUGCUGCCUUAACUCUUCCCCAAAAGUUAUUGGAUGAUUGCUCUGCAAUUUCCUCUAUUUAAUAACUGUAUCGACUGCUUCCAUUCAUUUGAAUGACAUUAAUUAUUCAUUAAAAAAGGUCAACUAAU